AUGGACCAAACUCGGUACAAGGUGACCUUUGCUCAGCCAAAGGUCACCGUGUCUCCACGUCACAUCAUCGUAAUCAACGAUUCAGUUGUGACUUUGACGUGUAAUGUUAAUGGAUUUUACCCUCAGACGCACAAGAUCAGCUGGGUCAAGGUAUCACGUGGUGUGGAGAUGGAGGUUACAACAGGUAUCUUCACACAAGAUGUAGUUACCAACGGGGACAGAACAUUCAGCGUUUCCAACCUGUUGAGGCUCACACCAACCCUGGAUGACGAUGGUGAUAAGUACAGAUGUGUGGUGAUGCACAGAGCAUUCAGUGAUAAUUUUACACUGGAGGCAGAGCUGACUGUGGUAGUUAAGAAACCACAGGAACCUGCAGGAAAUGGGCCUGGAGCUGUUAUUGGAGGUGUCGUUGGCCUGCUGGUGAUUGUGCUCCUUGCUGUAGCGGCAUUUGGCUUUUGGAAGAAAUGGAAUCAAGCUCCUCCCAAGAUCACUGAAAUCCACAAACCCACUCACUUUAUACAUGGGCAGCGUGCCGAUCUGAGUUGGGAAGUUACUGGAUUCAAAGCAAAAGAGAUAGAGAUUGUGGUAUUACUGACGAGGAAAAGAAAAGAACAACUGACGUUAUUUGUCUGGAAAUUCCCAAAGGAUGAAAAGAGGUCAUGUCAGAUUGAAGAAGGUGUUCCCCUCGUAGAUAUAAAAGAUGGAUGUGAGAGGGUGAAUUCCUUCACUGCUGAGCCCCCACGAUGUGUUCAGCUCAAAAAUGGGACCUUCAGUGUAAAGUGUCUGAUAGGAUUCUGUCCUGAUGUAUCUGAGGACGACGGAGUUCAAAUGACUGUAAAAGUUCAUCACAAGACUCUGAAAACGCCUCUCGAAAAAUCUGUAAAAUUCGAAGUUGAAGUUCCUCCCACAAUGACUGAAAUCAAGAUGCCCACUGGUAUUGUGCACGGUGACAAGGUGGCUCUGACGUGGGAGGUUAAUGGCUUCAAUCCACAGGCCAUUGAAAUUGCUGUAUUGGUGAAGAGGAAAGUGGAUCAGGAAGCAAAGGAACUCUUUCAUUGGCAGAUCCCAGAGAAAGAAAAGCAGACAAUCCCAUCAGAUAUUAACCCCAGUGUUAAGGAGACUACACAGGUUAACUCCUUCACUGCUGAGGUGGCAAAGAUAAAACAGACAGAUACAGGGACUUUCGGUGUGAAUUGCAGCGUUACCAUGUGUGCUGAUGUAUCCAGGGAUAAUGGUGCUGAAUUCACUGUUAGAGUUAAACAUAUGGCUCUGGAGAAUCCUCUCACUGGAUGUGUAACAUUUUAUGUUGCAGCUCCUCCCACAAUUACUGAUAUCCAUCUGCCCAUUGACAUGACACAUUGUGAUUGCUCCACUCUGAGUUGGUCAGUGUCUGGGUUCAAUCCACGGCCCAUUGAAAUUGCUGUAUUACUGAAGAGAGAAGGGCAGCAGACACCAGAGAAACUGUUUUAUUGGCAGACGAUAGAGAAAGAACAACCUGCAGGAAACAAGCCAGUAGGCAUUCCAGUUACCUCUCUCACACAGGAUGUCUCCAUCACUCCCUCGAUGGCGGUGAUUACACAGAGAACAACUGGGACUUUCGGUGUGAGGUGCGACGUUACCAUGUGUGCUGAUGUAUCCAGGGAUGAUGGCGCUGAGUUGAUUGUUCAAAUUAAACACGAGGCUCUGAAGGGAUCUCUGAAGGAAGCUAAAAUUGGAACAUUACACGUUAAAGGGGUUCCUCCUAAAAUUACAAUUACGAAACCCAGGAAAAUGACACAUGGUGAGAGAGCUGAGCUGCAAUGUGCAGUGACUGGGUUCACUCCUGGGACGAUAUCGAUUGUUUCCAGUCUACAGAGGAAAGAACAGCCACUAAGACAACUGUUUCACUGGGAAAUUCCAAAUAAGAAAGCAUUUCGAAGUUCAACAAAAUCCUUUCAUCUUGAGGACAGAUCAGAUAGAAACAAUAAAGAUGCCGCCUUCACUGCUGAGGUGCCCAAAUGUGAACCUGACACCAAAGAUGGAACCUUCAGAGUUACUUGCAGAAUCGUUAUGACUCCUAAUGAGUCCACGGAUGAUGGAGCUGUUUUAAUUGUUCAGGUUAAUCAUGAGGCAUUGCCUGAGCCUGUCACUGAGCAUUUAAGAAUAAACAUUGCUGGAGACCCUCCUGAAAUUAAUGGACCCAUACUACCCAAGCAAAUUAUGCAUGGUGUGAAAGACACACUGCAAUGUCAAGUGACUCGUUUCACUCCUGGAGCAAUGGCCAUCGUUUUUAGUCUAAGGAGGAAAGAGCAACAGCAAAAAGUGCGACUGUUUCACUGGGAAAUUCCAAAAAAGGAAACAUUUCAAGAGUUUAAAGGAAGAAAUGUUCCUCUCCAGAACCGAUCGGAUAGAGACAAUCAAGUUGUCUCCUUCACUGCUGAGGAGCAAAAAUGUGAACCUAUUGGAGAUGGGAGUUUCAGAGUAAAUUGCAUCAUCAAUGUGAUUCCUGAUAUAAACUUGCAUGAUGGAGCUGAAUUAACUGUUGAAGUUCAUCAUGAGGCUCUUGAUGCCUCUAUCGUGAAGAGUGUAAUAUUGCACAUUAUUCCAGUUCCUCCUAAAAUUACUACAAUUGAGUCCAAGCCCAAGGAAAUUAAACACGGUGAGAAAACCGAGCUGCAAUGGGCAGUGACUGGGUUCACUCCUGGGAAAAUGUCGAUUAUUUCCAGUCUACAGAGGAAUGGAGAGCAAAUUAGGCAACUGUUUCAUUGGGAAGCUCAAGAUAAGAAAACAUUUGAAGGGAAGGGAAGUGCCUUUUCUCUCAAACACCUAUCAGAUGGACGCAAUAAAGAUGCCUCGUUCGCUGCUCAGGUGCCCAAAUGUGAAAAAGACAAAGACGGAACCUUCAGAGUAAAGUGCAGCAUCACCGUGACUCCUGACGUGUCCAGGCAUAAUGAAGCUGAAUUAACUGUUCAGGUUCAGCACGAGGCUCUUGGUGUUUGUGAACCUCUCAUUGAGAAGUUAAAAUUACACGUUAAGGGAGUUCCUCCUAAAAUUACUACAAUUGAGUCCAAGCCCAAGGAAAUUAAACACGGUGAGAAAACCGAGCUGCAAUGGGCAGUGACUGGGUUCACUCCUGGGAAAAUGUCGAUUAUUUCCAGUCUACAGAGGAAUGGAGAGCAAAUUAGGCAACUGUUUCAUUGGGAAGCUCAAGAUAAGAAAACAUUUGAAGGGAAGGGAAGUGCCUUUUCUCUCAAACACCUAUCAGAUGGACGCAAUAAAGAUGCCUCGUUCGCUGCUCAGGUGCCCAAAUGUGAAAAAGACAAAGACGGAACCUUCAGAGUAAAGUGCAGCAUCACCGUGACUCCUGACGUGUCCAGGCAUAAUGAAGCUGAAUUAACUGUUCAGGUUCAGCACGAGGCUCUUGGUGUUUGUGAACCUCUCAUUGAGAAGUUAAAAUUACACGUUACGGGAGUUCCUCCUAAAAUUACUACAAUUGAGUCCAAGCCCAAGGAAAUUAAACACGGUGAGAAAACCGAGCUGCAAUGGGCAGUGACUGGGUUCACUCCUGGGAAAAUGUCGAUUAUUUCCAGUCUACAGAGGAAUGGAGAGCAAAUUAGGCAACUGUUUCAUUGGGAAGCUCAAGAUAAGAAAACAUUUGAAGGGAAGGGAAGUGCCUUUUCUCUCAAACACCUAUCAGAUGGACGCAAUAAAGAUGCCUCGUUCGCUGCUCAGGUGCCCAAAUGUGAAAAAGACAAAGACGGAACCUUCAGAGUAAAGUGCAGCAUCACCGUGACUCCUGACGUGUCCAGGCAUAAUGAAGCUGAAUUAACUGUUCAGGUUCAGCACGAGGCUCUUGGUGUUUGUGAACCUCUCAUUGAGAAGUUAAAAUUACACGUUACGGGAGGUGAAUCAGCAUCUCGCCAAACACAACACAGUGGGAGAUUCAAAUGAAGAGGCCUCACCAUCCGCUCAGAGCUACAAUCCUCGUCCACAUGGUGGAAAUUUUCAGCAUUCCACACCCUAGAUGUGAGGAUCGUGCGAUUGCCAGUCUCUCCGCGUGUGUAACAGCCACAGUCAUCGUCGCGGCUUUCGAUUCUGACAACCACAAUGUGAACAUUGAUCAGCUUUGGCAGUUGUUGGAAAGUUAUUAGAAAUGUAUCAGUUUUGCAGAAGUACAAAGAAUCACUGUUUAAUGGUAAUUCUGUUAAGAGCAAAGGGUUAACGUGUCGGUGCUUUGCUUCUGUCUGUUAUUAAACUCUCGCAAACUAGUUUUAUUUUUCACAUGUAUAUGUGGUUGACUGUUUCUCCUUCUCCAGCUGCAACUCCAGGUCCACCGAUGUUCUGUCCACUUGCUUGUCUUUAACUCGGGUUAACAUCUUGUCACAUGCAACUCCAAUUUGUGCUGAAACAUCAUGGUUGUGUUGUUCUUGCCAUAUAUAUAUGUAUUAUAUAGCAUUGUUAAGCUUUGCCAGAAUGAAACAUAUAUUUGUAAUCACUUUAACAUUUUAGAGCAAUUUAGUCAACUAUAAUGCUGUUUUUUUAUGCAUUUUGCAUAUAAUGGAAGUUUCUUAACCUUUGUUCUGCUGUAUCUAAAAGUAGGGUUUGGCUGAUGAUUGUAUCUUUGUGACUUGGGUAACCUUGCUAGAAAUGAUUAUCUAUCCAUCUUGUCUAUCUAUGUCCUGGCUCUGCCUGGUAUUGUAAGGAAAGGGUUCAAAUCAUUGCUUGAUGUGGGGCUGAAUGUGUGAAAGGAGUGUGAGUGCACCAUGACUAAGCACUGGAAUGUGGGGAAGGAGGUGACCAGAUGCAGUUGUUGCUGUUGUCCUUUUGUGUGACAUGUCUUGAUGUAGACUUGAUGGAUCAGGGUCUCCUUUCCUUAUUUGGAAUCCUCAAAUGAGCAGCCAAAGGAAGCCUCAACAAAGGUUUCAUUUCAUAGUCUAUCCCAAGAAGUGGGAUAAGUGGCAAUUCUGUGUUUAUUAAAGAAAGGGUUUUAUGACCUUAGGUGUCAAUGUCGGAAAAUGGACAUUUGGCCUCAACUUCUGACUCCACUGGUUAUCAUAACAUGAAACAAAACCCCAAUUCCUUUAGGGUUAGGACAUUGAGGUAGUGAGGCUGUGAUUGUGCCUACCCCCAGUAUGGAAAAGUGAUUGGAUGAACCAGUUUGUGAAUAUGAUUGGACAAUCUAACUGAACUCACAUUGGGUAAGAUAGCCUCCGUCUCCACCUUUACUCACAGUCAUGUGAGCCCACUUUGGGAUGUAAAAAUGGAAGUUUAGUCAAAGUUCAGUACGAGGUGCCUGAAGAAGCAGUUGGCUAAGACAAGUCAUUCCUUUUCCAGAGAAGUUAACUGAUCAAUAGCAUAAUCUCUGAAUGAGUUGCUACUAUAUUAUGGUCUCUUAUAAAGUCGUCAUUGCUGCAUUUGACUGUGCUUUUAUUGGCAGUUUAACUGGAUUCACUAUUAUUGUUGAUUAAUAAAGUCUAUAAUUUUUUGAAACCA